AUGGACAUCCCAGCCGAAGCAUGGUUUAAGGUGCUGCUUUUGGUUGCAAAGCACUCCUCUGAAGAUCUGUACAGCAUGGCAAGGACAUGCAAGUUAUUUCAAGAAAUGCUGAAUGAUCUUGAGGUUUGGCGAACCAUGUCUGUAGAGAAGUACCAGUGGCAUCCUGAAUGGUACGGGUUUGAUCAAGAGAAAAUUGUUGAGUUCUUGCAAAAGUGCAAGGAACACAACAAUCCAGAAAUCAUUUACAGAGAAGCUGUAACUCAAUUCUUCAUAUUCAAAGAUGAUGAGGCUGUCAACAACUUCCGAGUGGCGGCUAAGGCAGGGAAUAUGGAAUCCUCCUACAUUGUUGGCUUGCUAGGGUUGGUGAACCCUACGGAGGGCGAAGAGGAUGCGAUGGAAUGGUUGUGCCAUCUAAGCAAAAUGAAGAAAAUGGACAUGCAAGCAUGCAUGGCAUCAUUUUUAAUCGACUAA